AUGAAGGAGCGCAACACCAAGGCAAAGAUGUCAGAGAACAUAUUCAAGGCCGUCCCGCAGGCACCGCAACCGCAGACUUCGAGAUUCGAGGGUUACAAAGCUGCCGCGAGACAGGAAGGCCAGGGUAGGACGGUGGAGGUCUUGGUGGUGGGAAUGAUGGAAGACGUAUGCGCCUUGGCCGAGAUUCCCGAGAACGGUGCGAUCACACCAGGAAUGGAAGAUCAAGUCAAGGGAUUGCACGAUGCGAUCGACAAGUUAGUUGUCAAAUAUGGAACCGUCCUUGCCAAAGGAGAAGUCGGCCAACACUUUCACCCACUAUGGCUCUGGUGA